AUGGCAUCUGCGGGGGCAGCAAUCCUGGCCCAAGACUCCCUGUCAGGGCGGCGGAUCAGGUUUCAAGAAUUGGAAACGAUCACAGAGCAGAUCGGACGGGGGAUACAAAGGCUGUUCAGAUGGCUGGCGGCGAGCGAACUUCCAGCUGCGCGAGACGGUCUGGCUUGCUUGGACCACGUGGCGGCCUUGUGGGACUACUUGGAGACGGACCAAGCCCGCGGGGACCUGCACCCCGGCCGGGCCACCGGGGAUCGCAUUUCUGCCGUCGCCGAAAUCCUGGACACGGCAGCCGACUUCCUGGCUGCGCUCGACAACGGGGCCGAACCAGAGAGCUGCAAUGCGGACAAUGGCAUUCAGUGUGGGGAGCCAUGGUCAGGGAACGAUGUUGAUUAUCGGGCGAUCCUGUCCACAGUGGUGCCCCCAAACGCCUGCGUGUACGUCAUGCAGCAACCUGUGUCUCCCACGCCGGGCAACGCCACGGCGAAUCUCGAAAUUUCGUCUGCAUCGUUGACAACGACGACAACGGCGAGCCCCACAACCACCACCUUGACGACAACCUCAAGCACCACUGCAUCGGCGACAACUACAUUCAGUGCGACGACCACCACCACAACGACGACCGCAACGACAACCUCAAGCACCACUGCAUCGGCGACAACUACAUUCACUUCGACGACCACCACCACCACGACGACCGCAACGACAACCUCAAGCACCACAGCACCAGCGACAACUACAUUCACUUCGACGACCACCACCACCACGACGACCACCACCACAACAGCGCUGUGCCGACAGUACCCUGCCUCCUGUUUGGAUCUCUUUCAGAAUGGGAGCUUGGCUGAUGGCGUGUACACCGUGAAAGUCAGAGAUUUGGAUGACAAUGUCCAAGACACGGACCUAUUCUGUGACAUGACCAACGGAGGUUGGACCCUGGUCGGCCAAAUUGCUGUCCAGAUCGCCAUCAACAACGAUUGGCUUCGUGCCUACCACAACGAAUCCCAGCUUCAAGCUCGAACCAUCACCAACAAUACGUGGGCCAGCAUUCCUGCAAUCGACAUGGCCGUGAACUGCGCAUCGGAGGUCCGGCUCAGUAACGACGAUGCCAGCAAAUCCGUGAGGUGGGAGAUGGACGCGGACCGCGAAAUCUCGACUUGGUGGAACCAGUCUGCAGGGAGGGGCGUGAUCAACGCCGCACCAGGCCACCAAGUGCUUGUCCAUGACCAAAGUGGCGACAACGAGACCUGUUGGCAAAAUCGCUACGGCAUCAUGAAGCAAUCGCUUCACGGCGGAUCGUACCCCGCUGCUACCAUCAACGAUCAAGGCACCACAUUGACGGAUGAUCUCUGCUUGGCUGUUGGUGUGCUACCCUUGGGUUCCACAUCCAACGGGUUUUCUCAAAAUGGGAACGGAUACGACGCUCCCACAGACAACACUGACUGGCCAAACGCUGAACUGAAAGGUAUCCCCAGUCUUAAUGUCUGGCUGAAGUAA